AUGUACUUCCGUCAUUUGGUGAUCGUUGUGUUCUGGAGCUGCUGGGCCCACCCUGCCGCAGGAGCCGGGGUCACUUCCGGAUCGCCUCCGACCACCCGCACCAGCGCAACAAGCGAAGGGCCUCUCAGCUCUGCCGCGACCCCUGAGCCAGAGACCACAUCGGCGGCCCAGUUUACCAGCACCGGAACCGACGGAAGCCUUACUGUGGAGCCCGGCUCCUCGGCGUUCACAAGCCCGACUCCGCCCGUACCUUCUACUGCCGGGCAAACCACCGACGUCCCCAAUCCAGCAACAACCAAACCUUCUGUGACCCCACCAGUGUGUCUCUGUGACUUGAGUCCAGGAUUCUGUGAUGUCGGCUGCUGCUGUGACACAGCAGAUUGUGGCGUCGCCGACCUGAGCACCGUCUUCUCCGGAUGCUCCCAGAAAGCCAUAUCAGGCACUUGCAUUGAAAAGUGGCUGAUGUUCAGAACCAAUGUGGAUCCGACUCUGGUCACCGUCACCGACUCGCUGGUCUGUGUUCGACCCGAAGGUAUGUCUGUGUCUGAAUUACGCCAACCUCCUCCAGCUCUCCCUGAGGACCCAGCCUUAGGAGAAUCCUACCAUUUCUCUCCUCCAAACCCCAUGACCGCCAGCCUCCAUGCCAGACCAUUCUACAGGGUCGAUGAUGUCAUCCUGACUUAUUUCUCUAAGUCAUCAAUAUGGGGUCUUCUCGGUCAGCCGUCUCCUGGGGCAGCAACAACUUCCUGUGUCAACAGCAACCCUGCCAGGUUCCUGAGGUCUGUGUCUCUGUCUUGCACUCGCUCACUGACUCCGCAGUCCUGCAGCACUGAACCCAGCCUGAACGCACGCUCCUACUUCAGUGACUUCAGCCUGGUCAAGGUCCCAGUAAAGGAGGCAGAGGCACUGACAGAUUUACUGGUCCCGGUCUCUCCGCUCUCCGACUGGCCAGCACCAACACAACACAACAACUCUUGUCUGAAUGUGGUGUCAACGGUAGAAUUCACCAUUGGAUUCACAGGCAGAGGGGAACUUGUCUAUGUCACCGUCAACGUGGUCCUAACUGAUGUAGAUGCAAACCAGGUCUUGUUGCAGAAGCACUCAGUGAAGUUCCAGUUGGCCUCACCACGCCCUAGUCCGGAACCAAAACCUGCAGUGGGGCUUCGACCGGGCUCUCCAGUCAUGGGUCGCUUUGGAAAGACAGAGGAGGCACUGACAAUCCUGGGGGCGUUGGAGGGAGGGCAAUGCUCUCUUGAUCCAAACAGAAGGGUUCCAGUGUUCUUCACACACAAUGCCAUCACAGGGUGCAUGUUCAGCUCUCGGUCCAGGGACUGCUCAGAGCUGAGAUCCCAGCUGUAUGAAGUCCUCCAGGGCCGGGUCGCUCCCAGUCACUUAGCCAUGAACUCUGGUUCCAGUUCAGACUGGAGUAGAGUCCUCGUCCAGCAUUGCUCUGUCAGCCCGCAGGAGACGUGUGAGUCAGGCUGUCUCCUCCCCCUCUCUCUCUCAGUCCGGGUGUUGUGGGCUCGGCUGGGUUCGCUUCACCUUCCUCAGAACUACAUCCUGGGGGCCAAGUACCAUUUCCACUGUCACGUGGUCCAGUGUCCCCUCUCUUCUUCUCUGGCUCUAACCACGGAGGUGAGGUUCGGAGACUCAACGGUGUACCCAGAAUUCCCCAGGGGCCAGCCUCGGCCAGACUGGAAGUUCCCCUUCGGUUUCUUCAGCAGAGGGGCGGAUGAGCUGGAUGGGCACAUCAUUAAUCCCAGUGGAGACCUUUAGAAAGGUGACAUGGGUG